AAGUAAGCCCAUGAGGAGGUCACAGGAUGGCGUCUGGAGGCCGCUAUGCCGGGAAGGUGGUGAUCGUGACAGGGGGUGGGCGCGGCAUUGGAGCUGGGAUUGUGCGGGCCUUUGUGGACAGUGGGGCCCAAGUGGUUAUCUGCGACAAGGAUGAGCCCCGAGGCCGAGCCCUGGAGCAGGAGCUUAGGGGUGCCGUCUUUAUGCCUUGUGAUAUGACUCGGGAAGAAGAAGUGAGGGGCCUGGUGGCUGAGACCGUGCGCCGCUUCGGCCGCCUGGACUGUGUAGUCAACAACGCGGGCUACCACCCACCGCCACAGCGGAUUGAAGAGACCACAGCCCAGGGCUUCCGGGACCUGCUGGAGUUGAACCUGCUGGGAGCCUUCACCUUGUGCAAGCUCGCCCUCCCUCACCUGCGGAAGAGCCAGGGCAAUAUCAUUAACAUCUCCAGCUUGGUGGGGGCCCUGGGCCAGCCCCAGGCACUUCCUUAUGUGGCCACCAAGGGGGCAGUGACGGCUAUGACCAAAGCCUUGGCCCUGGAUGAAAGCCAAUAUGGCGUCCGAGUCAACUGUAUCUCUCCAGGAAAUAUCUGGACGCCGCUGUGGCAGGGGCUGGCAGCCCUGGCGCCAGACCCCAUGGCCGCCAUCCGAGAGGGUGCCAUGACCCAGCCCCUGGGCCGCAUGGGCCAGCCCGCGGAGGUGGGGGCAGCAGCCUUGUUCCUGGCUUCGGAAGCCAGCUUCUGCACCGGCAUCGAGCUGUUUGUGACCGGGGGCGCAGAGCUGGGCUAUGCGUGCAAGGCUAGCCCGGGCACCCCUGUGCAAGUCCCCACUCUCCCUCCCUGACUCCC